AAACUACUCAUCAUAAAAAAAUAAGUAAAUAACAAAUCAUAAUUUAGUUUAUUCCAUGUAUAAAUAAACAACAGAAGUUUAGUAGUAACUCUUGAUUGAAGAAAUUUGCCAAACAUUCGAAAUAAUACAAAAAAAGAACAAACAAUUAUGGCUUAUCAUAUGUAUAGACAAUGUUCAUUGAAUUGGAAUGUGAAAUCAAUGAAUUCAUUUAGUAUACUACUUAUAUUACUAAUUAAAUUGAUUUUAUUUCAAUCUAAUUCAAUAUUAAUUAAUGGAGAUGAAUUAAAUCUUAAUAAUAAUAAUAAUAAUCCUUCAACUAUACAAAAUGAUCAACAACGUGCACAAGCAUUAGCUAAACUUAUGUCAUUAUUUUAUACUAGUGAUGCAUUGAAUAAAUAUAUGGAAAAUCUUGAUGCAUAUUAUAUGCUUAGAGGUAGACCAAGAUUUGGUAAACGUCACUAUAAUCCCAUUAAAGAGGAUGAUGAUUUAAUGAAAUAUGAUUUAAUCAAUAAUUAUCUUCGUCAACGAUUAAUAUAAUAAUAUUUAAUAGAAUAUUCUAUAAAUGAUCCUGAUCAGAAUUAUAUUAGAAAUCAAUAAUAAUAAUAAUAAUAAUA